GAACUAGAGGCUCGUGCAGGGGGGCAGUAGUGUUUAUCUAAAAUGCCACCGGGGCAGCGUGCUGACUGUCAACAGACGCUCGUUCUGCGCUUGAGUCGCUCACGAUAUUUUCCGCGCGUCAGUUUAUGAGGGAAAUGGAGGGUCAGAUGAAGGCGUUUUAGGACCUCACCGGAACCGGUUUCAUACACGGAUACCAAGAUCUUUAACCCUUCAGAGACAAAAAAUACGUGUACCCUGGUAAUACCACCAUAAAUUGAAGUCCUCCCAGAAGGAAAAGAUCCGUCAAUUUAUGUCCUUCACGCGAGCUGCAGAGAGAACCGCCCUGUACUGCCUGACCCACAAUGACUGGAGACUAGAGACGGCCACCGAUAACUACUUCCAGAACCCUGAUAUCUACCGCAGAGACUCCAUGAAAACAGCAGUGGAUCGCAAGAAACUGGAUCAGCUGUACAACCGCUAUAAAGAUCCACAUGAUGAGAAUAAGAUCGGCAUCGACGGGGUCCAGCAGUUCUGUGAUGACCUCAUGCUGGAUCCGUCUAGUGUCAGUAUCCUGAUUGUGGCGUGGAAAUUUAGAGCGGCGACGCAGUGCGAGUUCAGCCGCAAAGAGUUCCUGGACGGCAUGUCAGAGCUGGGGUGUGAUAGUCCAGAGAAGCUGAAGAGUCUUUUACCCAGACUAGAGCAGGAGCUGAAGGAUUCUGGGAAGUUCAAAGAUUUCUAUCAGUUCACGUUUAGCUUUGCCAAGAAUCCUGGUCAGAAGGGUUUAGAUCUGGAGAUGGCCGUGGCCUAUUGGAAUCUCAUUCUCACCGGACGCUUUAAGUUUCUCGACCUCUGGAACACUUUCCUUCUGGAGCAUCAUAAAAAAUCCAUCCCUAAAGACACUUGGAACCUGCUGCUGGACUUUGGAAACAUGAUUGCAGAUGACAUGUCCAACUACGAUGAGGAGGGUGCGUGGCCGGUGCUCAUUGAUGACUUUGUGGAAUUCGCUCGGCCGAUCGUGACUGCAGCAAAUCACAAGACUCUAUAAUGAGCGCUUACAGGGAGGCCUCUCUAUAUUGAAUUUUUUAAUAAAAAAAACAAAAAACAAAUGCAUUUAAAAAUAUAUAUUAAUAAACAGAGAGAGUUUGUACAUUGAGUCUGCUGCUGUCAAGAGGCUGAAGAUCAGCAGCCUCUCGGACUGAAAUACAUCACCAUGAAAA